AUUCAGUGGCUUCCAGUGUGCCUAGUCCAGAGUGGAGCGUGGAAAGGCAGAGGCAGCUGGAUGUGGUGCUGAACCAACAAGCUAGCUGCAAGAGGAACCAUCCCUCCACCCAGCCUCGGUAACUGUCCUCACAAGGUCUGAAUUUCCUGUUGGCACUCACAAAGAUGCUUUUUAUUUUUAACUACUUCUUUUCCCCACUUCCGGCCCCGGCCCUGAUCUGCCUCCUGACAUUUGGAACGGCCAUCUUCCUGUGGCUGAUCAACAGGCCUCAGCCAGCCUUACCUCUCAUUGACCUGGACAACCAGUCUGUGGGGAUUGAGGGAGGAGCACGGCGUGGAGCGUUCCAGAAGAACAACGAACUAAUCCUUUAUUACUUCUCAGACGCCAAGACGGUGUAUGAAAUUUUCCAAAGAGGACUUGCUGUGUCUGACAAUGGACCUUGUCUGGGAUACAGAAAGCCAAACCAGCCCUACAGAUGGAUAUCCUACAAACAGGUGUCUGAUCGAGCAGAGUACCUGGGCUCCUGUCUUUUGCAUAAAGGAUACAAACCAUCACAGGACCAAUUUGUUGGCAUCUUUGCUCAAAAUAGGCCAGAGUGGGUCAUCUCUGAGUUGGCCUGUUACACAUAUUCCAUGGUAGCUGUCCCCCUGUAUGACACUUUGGGAGCAGAAGCCAUCGUAUAUGUUAUCAACAAGGCUGAUAUUCCUGUGGUCAUCUGUGAUACACCCCAAAAAGCAACAAUGCUAAUAGAAAAUGUAGAGAAGGGCCUUACUCCGGGCCUGAAGACAGUCAUCCUCAUGGACCCCUUUGAUGCCGACCUGACGGAAAGAGGGGAGAAGACUGGGGUUGAGAUUUUAUCCCUGUCUGAUGCUGAGACUCUAGGCAAAGAGAACUUCAAAAAGCCAGUGCCUCCAAACCCAGAAAACCUAAGUGUUGUCUGCUUCACCAGUGGGACCACAGGUGACCCCAAAGGAGCUAUGAUAACCCAUCAAAAUGUUGUUUCAAACAUGGCUGCUUUUCUCAGAUUGCUGGAGCCUAUCUUCCAUCCCACUCCCGAGGACGUGUCCAUAUCCUACCUUCCCUUGGCCCAUAUGUUUGAGAGGGUUGUUCAGGCUGUCAUAUUUUCCUGUGGAGGCAAAGUUGGGUUCUUCCAAGGAGAUAUCCGGUUGCUACCUGACGACAUGAAGGUCUUGAAACCCACAGUGUUUCCCACGGUGCCUCGACUCCUUAACAGGGUCUAUGACAAGGUACAAAAUGAAGCGAAGACACCCUUGAAGAAGUUCCUGUUGAACCUGGCCAUCAUGAGUAAAUUCAAUGAAGUGAAAAAUGGCAUUAUUCGGCGGGACAGUUUGUGGGACAAGCUUGUCUUUUCAAAGAUCCAGAACGGCCUGGGUGGGAAGGUUCGCCUCAUGAUCACCGGAGCCGCUCCCAUCUCCACUCCAGUCUUGACAUUCUUCCGGGCUGCAAUGGGGUGUUCGGUGUUUGAAGCUUAUGGCCAAACAGAAUGCACAGCUGGAUGUACAAUUACGUCACCCGGGGACUGGACAGCAGGCCAUGUUGGGACUCCAGUGGCUUGCAAUUUUGUGAAGCUGGAAGAUGUGGCUGACAUGAACUAUUUCUCAGUAAACAACGAAGGCGAGAUCUGCAUCAAAGGCAACAAUGUGUUCCAAGGCUACUUGAAGGACCCGGAGAAGACACAGGAAGCCCUGGACAAGGAUGGCUGGCUUCACACUGGAGACAUUGGUCGCUGGCUUCCAAAUGGAACUCUGAAGAUUAUCGACCGGAAGAAGAAUAUCUUCAAGUUGGCACAAGGAGAGUACAUUGCUCCAGAGAAGAUAGAAAAUGUUUACACCAGGAGCAGACCAGUAUUGCAAGUUUUUAUCCAUGGGGAGAGCUUACGGUCGUUCCUGGUAGGAGUAGUGGUCCCUGACCCAGAUUCACUUCCCUCAUUUGCAGCCAAGAUCGGGGUGAAGGGUUCCUUCGAGGAACUGUGCCAAAACCAAAGUGUAAAAGAAGCUAUUUUAGAAGACUUGCAGAAAAUUGGGAAAGAAGGUGGCCUGAAAUCCUUUGAACAGGUGAAAAGCAUCUUUGUGCAUCCAGAGCCGUUCUCCAUUGAAAACGGGCUUUUGACGCCAACCCUGAAAGCCAAACGAGUGGAGCUCGCCAAAUUCUUCCAGACCCAGAUCAAGAGCCUCUAUGAGAGUGUCCAGGAGUAGGUUUGCUGAGCCAAAAGCUGUGGAAGAAGAGACAGAAACUUAUGUCCAGUGAACUUUUCCAGUAAAUGGGGCAAGCAAUGAGCUACUUUCCCGCACUGGGAGCAAAGGUCUGUGGGCAAGCGCAAAGCGUGCACUGCUGGCCUGUCUUCUGUGAAUGGGACUUCUGGAUUUUUCCCCUGGACUCCCAAUUCCUGCAGUAUCUUACUGCCAGACAGAAUGUGGUGCCUCUACUUGUAAAUGUCAAAUCUUUGAAAUAAACUAUUGCUGAUAUUUA